CGCUCAUUCGGUAUGCCCUUUUAACUAUUUCAAACAAACAAAUGGAUUCGGCGCAUGAUGAUGACAUAGAUGUCAAAUGUGGCUUCUCCCGAGCUAACAUGCCUGCGUGAGGACAAUAAACUUUAAAUUAUGGCUCUAAAUCAGCUCAACCUGCUGCGGCCCCUGCUGUGUCAGGCCCUCAUACGACAGGUCCGGCCUCCCCUCAUAGCCCCCUCCAGAGUCAGCCGACUCCCUCUGAAUCUUGGCCCCUUACCUGCUGCUUGCUCCAGAUUGUAUGCCACAAAGAAGUCCAAAGCCAAGUCAAAAGGCCAGUCAGCGAAGGUGAAUAUUAAUGCAGCUCUGGUGGAAGACAUCAUCAGUUUGGAUGAAGUGAAGGAGGACAUGAUGGCUGUUCUGAGUGCGCUCAAAGAUGACUUCACACGCAACCUCAGCAUCCGAACAACGCCAGGAGCUCUGGAUCACAUUGUGGUGACGACUCAGGGUGGGAAGUUCCCUCUCAACCAGCUGGGUCAGAUCUCCAUGAAAUCACCACAGGUCAUUCUAGUCAACAUGAGCAGCUUCCCAGAGGCCACAGAGGCCGCCAGCAGGGCCCUCCGAGAGAGCAGCAUGAACCUUAACCCCGAUGUGGACGGGACCAUGAUCAAGAUACCAGUUCCCAAGGUAACACGGGAACACCGGGAGAACCUUGCCAAGCUGGCCAAACAGUUAAGCAACAAGGCUAAAGACUCACUGAGGAAAGUGAGAUCCAACGCUGUCACAAAGGCGAAAAGGGCAAAGGAAGGAAACUCUGAGGACACGAUACGACUCAUAGAAAAACAGAUUCAGCAGAUGUCAGACAACGUUGCUGCAGACAUCGACAAACAGCUAGCAGCCAAGACUAAGGAGCUGUUAGGAUGACUUUGAUGCAAAGAAAAUCCCAGCCUGAAAGCUUCACAUAGAAGAAAACGUCUCUGCUGGCAUGAAGAUCACUUGUUUUUUGCUGGUUGACUUCUUUUUUUAACCAUCAGUGCAUAAACAGAAUUUGGCACGGAAACAACACCACGAACAACAAACUUGGAGCCUCCUCCCUCCACCCUCGAUUCUCUUCCUGUCUUCAAACAAACACCCAACGAGCUGCAAAUGAACUUUUAAUGGGAUUUGCGGGCCUCCUCCUAAUCAAACCUCUCGCCACAAGGGCUGUCUGUUUAUAUCAAACAAGCGCACCCGUCUGGCUGCGGGUUCCUCUCGGUGGCUAGAGUGCAAAAGAGAGUAUGCUCCAAAGUUGCAGGAUGUGAUUAGCCAAACAUUUGUUUCACAUUGAUACAAAGUCUGUUAAAAAAUGCACUUAAGGAGGAAAAAGGCCUGUAAUUUCUGUCCAACGUCUACGAUUGAUAAUACAGCCAUUCUGCUCAGCAUUAUUGAUGGGCUCCAUUAAAGAAAACACUUUGUA